UCACGUCACCUUUCCCCCCAGCUUUUGAAGUGACCCGCUACCGAGGAGGGAGGGAAAGGAAGGCGAGGAGCAGUUGCUGCUGCGCCAUCGUCCCUUCCCGUCGUUUCCAUCGUGUUCGCCUCACCAGCCGCCAGAUUUCCAGUUCGAGAUUUGCAGUAUACCCUUAAUUAUCCCAUGAAGUACAUCCUGGUAACUGGUGGUGUUAUUUCAGGCAUUGGUAAAGGAAUUAUUGCAAGUAGUAUAGGCACCAUUCUGAAAUCAUGUGGACUUCGAGUUACUGCAAUCAAGAUAGAUCCUUACAUUAACAUAGAUGCUGGAACCUUUUCACCCUAUGAACAUGGUGAAGUUUUUGUUCUAAAUGAUGGUGGUGAAGUUGAUUUAGAUUUGGGAAACUAUGAACGAUUCUUGGAUAUUAACCUUUAUAAGGAUAAUAACAUUACCACUGGAAAGAUCUAUCAGCAUGUCAUCAAUAAAGAGAGGCAUGGUGACUACUUGGGGAAAACAGUUCAAGUUGUACCACAUAUCACUGAUGCUGUUCAAGAAUGGGUAAUGAACCAGGCAAAGGUUCCUGUGGAUUGCGAUAAGAAAGAGCCACAGAUAUGUGUAAUUGAACUAGGUGGAACUAUUGGAGACAUUGAAGGAAUGCCCUUUGUGGAAGCUUUCCGUCAAUUUCAGUUUAAAGCCAAACGAGAGAAUUUCUGCAAUAUCCAUGUCAGCCUUGUGCCUCAGCCUAAUGCUACUGGAGAACAGAAAACGAAGCCUACUCAGAAUAGUGUCCGGGCUUUAAGAGGUCUUGGUCUUUCUCCUGAUUUGAUAGUCUGCAGAAGUACUAAGCCUAUAGAAAUGGCUGUCAAACAAAAGAUCUCCAUGUUUUGCCAUGUAGAACCUGAACAGGUAAUAUUUAUCCAUGACGUUUCUUCUACUUAUCGGGUGCCAAUUUUGUUGGAAGAGCAACACAUAAUUAAAUAUUUUAAGGAAAGAUUGAACCUGCCAAUUGAUGACCAACCAAGUGAUCUUCUUUUCAGAUGGAAAAAAAUGGCAGAUAGGUAUGAGAGGAUGCUGAAGACAUGUUCUGUAGCUCUGGUUGGCAAGUACACAAAACUGAGUGAUUGCUAUACCUCUGUUUUCAAGGCCCUGGAACAUUCAGCAUUGGCAAUUAAUUACAAACUUGAUUUAAUGUAUAUAGACUCAGCAGAUCUUGAACAUACUACAGAAACUGAGAAUCCGGUGAAAUUCCAUCAAGCCUGGCAAAAAUUAUGCAAAGCAGAUUGCAUUUUAGUCCCUGGAGGUUUUGGACAUAGAGGAACAGAGGGAAAACUUCAAGCUAUUUCAUGGGCAAGAAAAAAGAAAAAGCCUUUCCUUGGAGUUUGCUUGGGGAUGCAGCUGGCAGUAGUGGAGUUUGCAAGGAACUGCCUGAACUGGCCAGAUGCAAAUUCGACAGAAUUUGACCCAAACACUAAAAAUCCUGUUGUCAUUGACAUGCCUGAACACAAUCCUGGAGAUAUGGGAGGAACAAUGAGAUUGGGGAAAAGGAAAACAAUUUUUAAAGCCAAGGACUCAAUCUUAAGAAAACUGUAUGGUGAUGAAGUUUUUGUAGAAGAACGACACAGGCAUCGCUUUGAGGUGAACCCUGAACUGAUUAAUUUAUUUGAAGAAAAAGGUUUGAAAUUUGUUGGCCAUGACACUGAAGGGAAGAGAAUGGAGGUUGUUGAACUGGAUGAUCACCCAUAUUUCAUUGGUGUCCAGUUCCAUCCAGAGUUUUCCUCAAGACCCAUGAAACCCUCGCCUCCCUACCUUGGCCUUUUGCUUGCUGCAACAGGGUCACUCAGUGCAUAUUUGCAACGUGGAUGUAAACUGUCUCCAAGUGACAGCUACAGUGACCUCAGUGAUGAUAGUUUUCCAGAAAAAGAGAUUCCUGAGUCAAAUGCAAACUGAAAUUUUUGCAAAACAGCAGAAACAUGAAGGAUACAGAUAAAAAUGGAAGAAAAGGUCAUUCCAAAGAACAAAAGCUGUUACAUUUUAAAAUCAUCAAAGAAGUCUACCACAACUGCUUUUCCAUACAUCCUGUUAACACCUCCUGUGUUCCAGACAAUACUUCUUCUGCCCAAAGAAAAAUCAAUUCCUUUUAAACACUGUAUCUCUUUUUUAAAAAAUUGUAAAGGACCACCUAAUCUUGAUGACUGCAGUUGAAUCUGUGAUAGCUUUCAUUGGCAGGAAGAGGUGGGAAUAUUUUGAAUACAUUUUUUAAUCACAGACUGUUAGCCUGACAGUCUGCUUUUAAAACUUGAGGUGAGGGCUGUAACUUUAAGUAAAACAGUCUGUUUAAUAAAAAUGGAUCUUAGCUUUGUUUCCUCAUAUUUUUCUGUGAUUUAGCAUCAGAAAAAUACUUUCAUAAAUGACGAUGAUAUGCAUACUUUUUCAUUAUGUUCCUCAUCAGUAUACACAUUUGCUUUUUGGCUCUUUGCAGUAUUGUUGAAUGAAUAACAGUGCUGGAGUACAAUGACAGUUUAAUAAAUGAUAAAGAAGAAAACUGUAAUGCUACAGUUUUAGUCCCAAAGCUUAGAGUCCAUGUCCCCAUCACAUAUAAAGUUAACAAACAAUAGUGAACAUGGAUUUGAAGUGGAAAUAAUUCCUUGCUUUUGUUCACCAGUAGAAGCUGUUUUAUACCACGUGGUAUCCAUUUGCACCUCAUUAGGACAGUUUUGAGAAUGCUGUAAUGUGGCUGAAAUGUAUUCCUACCUGCAUUCAUCUUAGCAGCAGAAUUGUAUUUUAUUUACUGUGUCUGCCACAGUGGGGCAGUAGUCAUCUCAUCAACAACAAAGGAUUAAUUUUGCACUGCAUCUACUUCUUUGAAAACAGUGAAGAUAUGUUUAGCUAGUGGAACUGGUAUUGUUACACUUUUUUUUAGGGAGAAGAGGCUCUUUAUGACAGAAGAUUCUCAACCUGUGCUUUAAUUUCCUAUAGAUUAUAUCAGAGAGACAUGCAAAAAGUAGCCUAUAAUAUGUUAUAUUUUAAGUGAUUGAUUUUACUUUGCUAGUAUAUAUUUUGGUAUGAUCUUUUACAAAUUGCUUUGGAAAACCUCUGGUUUGAGAUAGAGAGAGAAAUCUGGAAAAGUUAACUAUAUGUAUAUGCUUAUUUUUGAGCUGCUUGUAUAAUGUGAACAAAGUUCUGAGAGAGGUAAUUUUGCUAGGUAAUUGGAUCUAUCAAGCCUUGAUCAUGAUUACUUUAGCAUGUUAGAAUUUUCAUAAAACUUUCUGUAAGUUUAAAAUGGAUUUUGAGGUUUAUUAAAAAAACUG